AUAUUUCGCAGCUACUUGUAACCAAGUUGGAAUUGCAUCGACCAAUGGGAUCAGCGUGGGCGCGGCGCUAAUAUAGUGGGGAGAAAGCGUCAACCAAUAGGAGGGAUAACCAUUGAAUGCAGUGAUGGAUCGUUGUAACAGAGUGCAAUUCCGAAAUGCAUGUUUAGUCGUCACUAAGCGUUAACGCUGAGUACUUCGGACGGAUAGAUUUUUCUACGAAUUUUCGUGUUUUGAUGCGAUCAAGUGAUAUAAAAUUGAUACAAUCAGUGUGGUGCAUCGAUUAAAGAUGAACUCGAUCAUGGCAAUGCCAAUGGAAUUGCAAUUGCAAUUACAUCCACAAACAUUUUUCCGUCAACAACAUAUCCCUCUUCGAAGACACAGACCAGAUAAUAUACCGAAUCCAAAUACAUGGUCAAUACCAAGUCUAGGCAGAGGACCUCCCUUACCUUCGGAAGUGAAGGUUGAAUUGCAAAAUCGGGAAUUAUGGUAUCAAUUUCACACGGAAACUACGGAAAUGGUGAUUACGAAAGGAGGCCGACGUAUGUUCCCAUCAAUCGAACUUACCAUCACAGGAUUAGAGCGUCGUGCUCGUUAUUGGGUCCUCCUCGAAGUGGAGCCGGCAUCCGAUCGUCGACACAAGUACGUCGGUGGUAACAGCAGUGGUAUUGGCAGUUUGGAGAAAGGUUAUGGGAAUGCAAGAUGGACGUCGAUUGGUCCAGCAGAAUUGCAGCCUGGAAUCGAUCGAAGAAUUUACUUGCAUCCGGAUAGUCCCGAGACCGGUGCUCAUUGGAUGCAACAACAACCGCUCAAAUUCGAUAAAUUAAAAUUGACUAACAACGCUGUCGAUCCUAGGAAUAACGUUGUUUUGACUUCUAUGCACAAAUAUAUUCCGCGAAUUUGGAUCAUUCGUUGCGACGAUGCGACCAGAAUCAGCGAUCUUUACAGUCAACCAGCCUCAUCCUUUAUGUUUCGUGAAACCGAGUUCAUUGCCGUAACCGCUUAUCAGAACGAAAACAUUACCAAGUUGAAAAUCAACAACAAUAAAUUCGCGAAAGGAUUUCGGGAUAAUGGUCAAUCUCGAUGCAAGAGAAAGUUUCAGGCGGAAGCGGAGAGAUUGAGUCGCAUCAACGACGAGGAUGAGACCGUGUUUCCGGAAUCUGAAUCGACGAACAGAGCGUCGAAUCAUCUGGAUGUGGCCAAUCAAAGGCCGAGAACAGCCUCCAGCGAAACAGGAAGUCUGGACGACAGCGGGAUUAGUAGCUGUGGAGGAGUCAGUCCACCCCUUCUCUUAUCCGGAAACAGAAAUUCACCGACGAAGGACGUCGAUCGAGAGGCGCAACCGAGAUUGCACAGGCCAUGGGUCGAUUCUUCUCCACAAUUUUCGUCGCCUACGAUUUCGUCCACCUCGUCGUUCAACUUAUCGCCCAGAUUCUACGAUUUCAAUUUUCCCAUGUAUUAUUUUAGCCUGUUUUACCCCUCCUUGGUGAUGAAUCCAGACUCGCGAAGUUAUCGUACCAAUGGAUGAAACAAUUUACGAAAUUUCAUCGA